CAGUGCCUUGGGGUGACCAGCUUCGAGGAGGACAGACCUGCCAGGGAGAUGCUGGAGCACUUCAGCAUCGCCAAAGGGCAGCAGCCCUGCCUGCAGCAUGGCAGCCUUGCUCCCUUGUGCUUAAUUUGGGUGCAGGAGGGACCACUGGCUGCCCUUCAGGUCUCUGAGUUGGCAUUGCCAGCACACUGAGACCUCCACCAUCCCGACGUGGUUGAGGCUGGCCAAACAACCUGAGUGAUGCCAAACCACUGGCUUCAUGGUCAGCCUUGGGGCUUGCCUCCAGCAGGUUGUGCAUGAUGAAAGGAGCCAAAUUUGGGGGAGACCACAGGGAUCCUGGUGUUUUCUGGGCUCCCAAGGAGGAGGACAUCAGUGUCCUCAUAGCUUGUGAGCAAGGGUCUUGUUAUUAUCAUGGGUUUAACCCUUAAGUCUCUGGUUCCUGAUGGAAAAAAGGUCCUGAGCCACAAGUGUGAACUCACAGGGGCACAAAUGUAGGCAGGUCUUUCCCUUUCAAGCAGCAUAGUGACCCAUGAGAAAACAAGGAGCAAGGCGGGGAAGGAGAAACGUGUGUUUUGGGGGACACGGAGACCGCAUACACCUCCUUGGAGAAAAGAGGGCCUUUUCUGGGAGGAUGUUUGCCUUUUCCUGCUGGGAGAAGCAGACCCAACCAUGGUGAGUAGGCUGGUUUGGGUGAGGGACAAGCUGGAAGAACCCUGGGGAGGAGAUAAACCUCACGGGAGGUUUGUCCACACUGUGUGGGCUGGGAAAUGUGCUGGGACCUUCCCCUUCACCAGCUUACCUGGUCUUGCCUUCCUGUGCCACUCCCCUUGCAGAUGAGUAAUGCCACGCGUGCCUUACCCUCUCCCGUGGCACUGGGCACCCCGGAGCCCAGCCCAGUGGCCAGGCUGGCCUCAGCCCCCCCAUCCCCAGCCGUUGCCCUGCUCACGGCUGUCCACAACAACUCCCAGGACAGCCAGCAGAUUUUCCUGACCACAACGACGGCACAGGUCAUCUCUGGCAUCUUCGUGUGGUUGGCACUCAUCGUCACCUUCCAUCAGAUCUACACACACUUGAGGAAUUACACCAUCCCGAAGGAGCAGCGCUACAUCAUCCGCAUCCUCUUCAUUGUGCCUAUCUAUGGCUUCGACUCCUGGCUCAGCCUCCUCCUCCUCGGCAGCCACCAGUACUAUGUCUACUUCGACUCAGUGCGCGACUGCUAUGAAGCUUUCGUGAUUUACAGCUUCCUGAGCCUGUGCUUUGAGUACCUUGGAGGGGAGAGCACCAUCAUGACAGAGAUCCGAGGGAAGCCCAUUGUGUCCAGCUGCUUUUAUGGGACCUGCUGCCUUCAGGGUAUGUCCUACUCCAUCGGGUUCCUGCGCUUCUGCAAGCAGGCUACACUGCAGUUCUGCAUCGUGAAACCCCUCAUGGCGAUCGUCACCAUCAUCCUGCAGGCAUUUGGGAAGUACCACGACGGGGACUUCAAUGUCCGAAGUGGCUACCUCUACAUCACCAUCAUCUACAACUUCUCUGUAAGCCUGGCGCUUUACGCCCUCUUCCUCUUCUACUUUGCCACCAUGGACCUGCUGCGCCCAUUUGAGCCGGUCCUCAAGUUCAUCACCAUCAAGGCAGUCAUCUUCCUCUCCUUCUGGCAAGGGACACUGCUUGCAAUCCUAGAGAAAUGUGGGGUGAUCCCUGAAGUUCAGAUCAUCGAUGGGAAGGAGGUGGGAGCUGGGACGGUGGCUGCUGGUUACCAGAACUUCAUCAUCUGCAUUGAGAUGCUCUUUGCUUCCAUUGCCCUGCGCUACGCAUUCACCUGCCAGGUGUACAGAGAAAAGAAAGAAAACUCAACAGCAAACCUUGCCCCAAUGCAGAGCAUCUCGAGUGGGCUGAAGGAGACCAUAAGCCCCCAGGACAUCGUGCAGGAUGCGAUCCACAACUUCUCACCCGCGUACCAGCAGUACACGCAGCAGUCAAUGCAGGAGGCAGAGCGCAAAGCGCCGGGACAGAACGGGCACGUGGCCUCCAAGGUGGAGGGACCAAGCAGCAGAAGGAGCAAAAACAUUGAGAAGAGAGUGCUGAUCCUGUCAGACGAGGAGCUGUAGGACAUGUCAGAGGGGACAGUGAUGCUGGAGAGGUUUAAACCCAUGUAGAUGGGAGCUGCUUCAAGCCUGAGAGAACCUGGUCUAAUUGGAGCGCCAAGAAACCAGGAACUCUACCCAAAAAGCCAGUUUCUCAAAGGGAAGAUGCAAUAACCUAGGGAAAGGUUAAAACAAACAGUGCCAGCUUCUGCUGCCCCAUCACCCCUGGUGUUAGGGACUGGGCUGUCUGCUCCUGUGACUAAGCCCUGCGGUACAGUCCGGGCUUUGCCCCCACUGCUGGUGUCUUUAUGCCAGCCCCAUGCCCAAGCUGGGGGAUGCCCGGCAGGGAGGUGAGCCAGGCUGCAGGACAGACCAGCCACCCUCACCCUCCUCUUACCUCCAAGCUGAGGCCUGAGAGAAAUGCUUUUCUCAGCACAGUUCUGCUCUAGUUUUUCCAAUUUGAGUAAAAAAUGAUCUCGAAGGGCCCCGUGGAGAAAACCAGCCCAGGAAGGUGACUUCACUUCACCUCAAAACCCGGUAACGGUUCAAAGACGUCAUUCCUUAUUUUUAAAUCUUCUCCCCUCUCCUCCCAGAAAAGCCUACAGAGUUGUGCAGAAGACCUUUACCAGGAGGAAGAGUAAGUCAUCCUCUUCUCCCUCCAGAUGGGGAUGCAGCUGUCUGAGUAACUCCCUCAGGAGCGGCGGUGGAACCUCACUUGGGGCUCACUCAGGGCUAACAAACGGACUUGCAGCUGCAUUUCUGAGAGUGGCCUGUGACAGAAGCACUUGUUUAUGUCUAAACCAGCUUAUCUCUGAAUGGAUCAGAAGUUAAAAGGGAUUCCAGCUUCCUUAUCAGAGUCUUUAUUAGGGAACCAGACUGUGACUGGCGGUGGUAGGAAUGCGCUUACUGGGAACUGUCUGUUCCCCCUAACCCUUCACUAUUCACCAUCUCUGGGCUUUGCCCAACCUGUGGGAAGGGCAGUGGGAGCCGAGCCCGGCCGGGUGAUGGUGGGGGGAUGGAGAUGUGCUGGGGGCUACUGCCGCUCGGGGCCAGAGCCCUGGCGGGGGAAGACACUGCAGGGAGAUUCUCCCCACAUCAGUGAUGGAGAGCAAACAUCCUUCUGUUAAGCUUCCUCUCUGUUGUUUUUUUUUCCAAAUUUUUAGUCCAAUUUCUAUUCUCUCGUUAAUCAGAUGAUCCCUGGGAACUUACUUAGGUACUGGUAGGGCUGUUUGGGGUGGGAGCUGGGUGGUGAAAGGACAAGCAAGUCUGCAGCCUCAGAUGUGCAGUCAUGUGGCAAACAAACCAAUAGGUAAGGCUUAGGGCUGUUUUGCAACUCCUACCAGGUGGGUUUUUUUUCCUUGUUAUUAAGCUGCAAAAUGUAAAUCACAACACAAAAUUAUUUUAUUU